CUUUUUGGUUCUUUGUGUUUCUUAUGGCAGAGUGGUGUGUUGGACUCAUGUCUGGGACGUCUGUCGAUGGCAUUGACUGCGCAUUAAUCCAGACCGAUGGCGAGCGUGUCUUUUGGCCGCGCGCGGAGGAGCAAGGCAAGGAGGAUUUGACAGGAUCAACGGGAACGACAAACAGCGAGCUGGCGUACCUGGUGCCGUACGACCCGGCCUUCCAGCGAGAGCUCAGGAGUCUGUUUGGUGUGGAUACGAGCGCUGUUUUGGCUGGCACGUCCGAGGUGGACACGUCGCGUUCGACGGUCAUCAGGAUUGAGCAGGACCUGACCGAGCGGCACGCUGCUGCGGUCGCGCCACUCCUCGCUCGGGCUGCGAGGACAGAUCGCCAUGUUGCGCUGAUUGGCAUGCAUGGCCAGACUGUGUUUCAUCGCCCUGCGAGUGCGCAUCCGCCCGAUGCACCGGCACCCGGAAUCACUUGCCAAUUGGGCGAUGGCAACCUGCUCGCAGAGCUGACCAAAGUGCCAGUCGUGUUUGACUUUCGCACAGCCGACGUUGCGCUUGGCGGAGAAGGCGCACCCCUGGUUCCAGUCUUCCAUCAAGCCCUGUGCAGAUCGCUGUCGCGGACUCUGUUGGCAAAGCUGGGCAUGUAUCAACAGCAGAGGGAGCUGGUUCUUGGCAUUCUAAACCUUGGAGGCGUUGGUAACAUUACCUUUGUACGGCUCAAGCCAGCGGCUCAACACACUGACACUCCCGGGUCGGCGGUUGUCCCAGUCCACGCUCUACCAGGCGCUGGGGAGGAUUUCGUGUCCGAGGACGGGCUGGAUUUGCUGGCGCUUGACACGGGACCGGGCAAUGCUCUCGUCGAUGACUGGAUGCUUGCAAACACGCAGGUUCCGUGCGAUUUCGAUGGCGUCGCGGCAGCGUCUGGCACAGUCGAUGGCGGUGUUCUUGCCAAGCUGAUGGCGCAUCCGUACUUUGACCGCGUCCCGCCGAAAAGCCUCGAUCGGCAGUCGUUUGCGCUCUCCGUUCCAGAAUGUGGACUCGUGGCGCCUGCGUGCUCUGUGGCCGACGGCGCAGCCACGCUUACGGCAUUUACGGCGGCAAGUGCAAUAGCGUCCACUCAAUGGGCGUGUUUCUGUGCAGACGGCCCGAAAUUGCGCUGUGUGACUUGUCCUCGCGUUUCCGGCAUCCUGGUUUGCGGCGGUGGACGACGUAAUGCAACAUUGAUGCGAAUGCUGCGUGAUCGUGCGCAAGCGCUCGCCGUUGUGCUUCGACCAGUCGAAGAUGUCGGCUGGGAUGGCGAUCUGCUGGAAGCCCAAGCCUUCGCCUUUCUCGCCAAACGAGUGCAGCAAUCCCAGCCCACUAGCUUUCCGCGCACAACGCGUGUUUCCAAGCCCGUUUGCGGGGGUCGGAUAGCCGUUCCUCAAGUUCCUCAAGCCGAGAUGUUGGAAUGAUGAAGUGCUGUUUUUGGUUGCGUCAAACGUGCACGAAAUAAAAGUGUGCUACUUGA